AUGAGUAAGAGGUGUAAUAAGUGCGGCCAGGGUGACCCUCACCUGGCUGACACUUGGUGCCUAGGCUGCACUGCGCUUGAGGCACUGUCUGGCGAGCUCCGACUUGCCUGGGGUCAGGCUGGCACCCGUGCCUUGGCCCAGGACUUGUUGGUGAGCGCGACCAGACAAGUGCGAGCGCUGCGACGCCUGGGCAUAGCAGGCGGGGGCCGUGUUCGGGCCUCUUCGCCAGCUCGUGCCGAGGCCCCUCCUCCUGCACCUGACCGGCCUGAGGCCUCGAAGCCUCCUCCGGCUGAGCCAGCAUCCCGGGAGGCGGCAGCGCCCCUGCGGACAGUCAAGGAGGAAGAGGCUGAGGACUCCGAGUACACAGACGCCACUGACGGCCCGUCUGAAGCCGAGGCGGCCGAGAAGAAAUCGCAGCCCCCAGGCUUGACGGCAGUUCCAAAGGCACGAGCAGAUCCUCGAGAAGAUCUCCCUCGCCGGCGGUCGUCAGGACACGCCGAAAGAAGAGGCGAAGAGCUUGAAGGUCCCCUGUCACGGGAGCAUUCCCCUGAGAAGGAGGCUGACUACAGUCGCGCCUCUUCAAAGGAGAACGCAAGGUCGCGUGGCAAAGAGGAGGACACGGAAGUCCCUCGAACAGCAAGUGGUCACCACAAGAGUCCGGAUCGUGAGUCUUAUCGGCGGUAUUCACCUCGCCGGGACCGGGAGCAUAGCAGGGACGAGGCUGAGCAUUAUCGCGGUCUCGCAGUCGUCGAGACAGAGGAGCCCAUCAUCAGCACCGAGCCCAUCAUCCAGAGGAAGAAGGAGGGCCCCUUCGCCCCCUUAAGCGAAGCAAUGGCGCCCAGAAAGAAGAAGGAGGAAAAGGAGGCGCCUUCUGUUCAGUUUGGCGUCGAGAUUGGCGCCGAGGUGGACAGUCGGUCGCCUGCUUGGAGCCGCCUGCAAAUCCCAGUGGGGAGCAUUCUAGAAGUUGCUCUUCACAACAGUUCAGUUGCCAUUGGACACGAGGGCUGGUUUGCUAUGAAUGUGGUGGGAGUCUCCGGAAACCCCCAGGAAGGGUUCAUGGUCCUAGGAAGCCUCCUCGGAUGCGAAGUUCCAGACUGUGCAGACGAGGUCGAUCGACUUCUGCAAGAUGGGGGUGUUCAUCUUUGCCCAGAAGACCCAUGCACUCAGACCGAGGUAUAUGUGGUACAUGCUGCAAAGAUCAGGCUUUGGACUCUGGAGUCUUUUCGGGCAGAUUACAUUACCGCAGCGGGAAAGGCUAUCCUGCGUGGCAUGGAGGCGGCGGCUCAAGUGGCUGCCCCUUCAGAGCGCAAAUCAGCCCUCCGGGCCCGUCCCAAACCCAAGGGCGACAAAGCGCCAGGGAAAAACAAGGGACCAGUCCCGGUUAUUCGAGUGCCUUCCGACGGGGAAGAAGGACCUGCGGAGCUGGAGUCUGGAGAAGAAAGCCCUUCACACCUUCGAGAGCUUCUUCAACGUACCAAGCGCCGCAUCCUUGGCGACGGGGCUGGGGCGACCCGUGCCCCUCGCGUCAAGGGUGUGAGUGGUGGACCCGAUCAAGAGCAGUCCGAGUCUGUGGUGGAGAAGUCACGGCUGGUGACUGGGACAUCACUGUCGCCACGCCAUCAGACGCCCCUCGGAGUCCUUCCCCCGGAGGCUUCAAGCGCUUCUGGUAUCGGGUCCUUGACGAAGAAGUUGACGUCCAAGGGAGGGGCGGCGUCAGCUCUGCUGGCCCAGGCCGUGCAGACAUCGGCGCAAGAAGCCCGCCUGCGACGCGAGAAGAAGAAGCAGAAGGGCAAGGGAGAUGCAGCACAACAGCUCCUCGACCUGCUACGUGGCAAGGACAAGAAAAAGAAAAAGAAGAAGAAGAGCCGCAGGAUCCCGGUCGAGGAGCAGAGCCUGAUCAAGCCCGAUCCUGGCGGCCCCGGAAGCUCAGGUUCAAGUGGCUCCAGCGAUUCCAGCAGUGGCGAUUCCAAAAGAAGACGCCCUGCCAGCGAGAGCGACUCCGACCUCAGUUGCGAGCCGCCGCUCAAAAGAAGAGCGCUGAAGGAGCCUGGAUCAGUGAUGGAAAUGCUGAUCAGACAAGCCCAGACUCAGCUAGAUCAGGCGAGUCUCCUCGAGACCGAGGGAGCGGAGGCGUCGUUAGUGUCGGGAGUGAAAAUCUCGACCUACUUCGCCCUGCUCAUCAGGCCCUAUCACUCGCCGGCCUCGCCCCUACUGAGAGAGCUAUAUGCAUUAGCUCAGUCGAUAGACCUUCUCAGGUUGGGCAAGCUCCCCGAGACGGCCGACGCACUGGCGUCGCGGUUCGUGGCUGUUCACACAGCCCUGACCGAGGGGUCGUGGGCGACGGCAUCUCACCUCGAGCUCUACCCGCUGGAGCCUGUGGCCUCGGCAACCACCGCCAUGAUGUUAGAGGCCCACAAACAUCGCCGCCUGGUAAUGAGGAGUCAAGGAUACUCGCCGGGCGGCGGCUGGUGGAGCCAGGGAGGCCGGGGCAAGGCUGGAGGCAACAGAGAAAAAGGAAAGAAAGGCGAGGUGAAGGGCCGUGGAGGCCGGGGAAAAGGCAAAGGAAACCAGAAGGAGGGAUGGACAGGAGGCAAGGGCGAGCAGAAUCCCUGGAAGGAGAACAAGGAGGAGCCACCAAAGAAAUGA